UGUCUGAAGUUCCUUAUUAAGGCAGGCCCAGACCGGAUACCGGUUGUUGCGCCGUUGAUCAUGAUCAAUUACUGUAGGCACACAUAUGUAUGUAUGUGGACGUGCUAAUGAAGUUUGCAGGUAGCGUUCAAGAAGAUCCGACAGUAUUUACUUUACAUGCAUAUAUAGUAUGUACACUUUUGUGCAUAAAGUAAAGUGGAAAUGCGCUAGAUCAAUUUAGAUGCGCUCAAAGUUUGUUAAUUUAGAAUGCGCCCAAUAUUUAUGGCUUUAGUAUGUGUGUUCAGACAUAUGUAUAUUUUUGAGUAUAUAUGAACGAACAUUUUCCAUUGGAAUGGAAAAACGAGCAUAGAAAGUUGCUUACAUAACCUUUAUGGCACAACGACAUGUUUGCCAAUUCUUAAGAAACAUUUGAAAGCGCAAACGUGUGGGUCUUUCGUUUGGUUGCUAUCGCUUGUAGGCAAUCUGGCGCGUCCACACACUUGUCAAGUUUCAACAAACCAUCGUAACGCAAAUCAGUGGAUAGGGUGAUUCAAUGGAGUGUCAGUUUUUAGACACAAAUCGAAGGGUAUGUGCGUGUGUGUGCGAUGUGAAGAAGCGGUGUGAAAUGCAGGAAACGAAUGCAUCGAAAAUAUUUUUACUGCGCGAGGGUAAAAAGCAAUACUUUGCUUACUUGCUUUAAUAAUAAAACUUAUUUGUAUUCUAUAAUAUACUUGCAAAAUUUAAUAUUUCCACUUACCCGGUGAAGUCUAUAGUGAUAAUAUUACCCCGUUGCACUUAAAACAUUUAUUCGUUUCGAUCCGCUGGAAUAAGGGGUUAAGAUCAAUCCAAAAUUGUUGAAAAAAGCUCAUUCGCGAAAGCAGGAACAAAAAGCAACAUGAAUAACAUUGCCGGUUAUCCUAAAUGAACCUUUAAGGAAGUUCUGCCGUCGGCUGUUGUAAGCGGCAAAGCCACAUACGUUCAAACAGGUUGUCAAGCAAGUUGUUGGUUGCACAUCUGCGGUUCCAGCGACAUUGCACGUUUGGAAGUUGCGGUGGAUCGGUCAGGUUAUGGCAAUCGCUACUUGCCCACACACGUAUAAUCCCACGCCAACCAACAGGUAUUCCGACCUGUUAAGGUUUUGUGUGAAACAAAACCUUAUUAGAAUGGAUUCGAUGUCUGUCUCUCCGUCUGUCUGCCUGUCGGUCGUAACCAAUUUAUUCGAAAUCAUCUAAAAAAUCAUAUAAAAAAAAAUCUUAUAUAAAUGAUAUAAGGCAUAACUUUGGAACUUUGAAGGAAACUUCUUUUUAAGGAUUGAGGAAUCCUAAGCAUCAAUUCAAUGUCGGACCGGACGAAAUGGAGAGCAACUUAAUCCCACUCUUUCUGGUUCACGGACUCUUCUUUUUGGGUUAACACCCAAAGUUCAAAAGUGUGUGUUCAAAAGUUCCGUGGACCAUAAAGAGUGGGAGCAAGUUGCUGCCUCUUUGAUCCGGUCCGACAUUAAAUGGAUACGGACUUAGGACUACUCAAUUCCUAGAAAGACAUUGUCUUACACCAGCCAAGUUUUGGUCCGAACUAUGGGCGGAUUUAUGCUGAAUAUAAUUCGUACCCUUGUUGUGUUUUACGAAUUGUAAAAGCGUACAACACCUGCGAGCCGCUUCGGUCACGUGUUUCCGCGUGUUUAAGUGUGUGCGGACAUUCGGACCGAAAUACAACAAUAAAAACAAUAAAAUAAAAACAGUUGUGAAAAAACAAUAAACAAUAAAAACAAGUGAAAUUAAAAAACAAUAGAAGUGAAUAAAAAAUGAGUGCGCCAGAACCAGACGAGGUCACGAAGGUGACUCGGAAGAGGCGGCGAAAGGCUACAGACAGCCCAACAGACGAGCAAUAAUCUGACAGUGCUGACGACGGAGGGAAAGCUGCGUCCGAGGUGACGCUCUCCAGCGACUGCGAGUCCGACUCGCAAACAGGCUCUGACGGGACAGUCAAGAGCACAGUCUCGCUUGCCACAAUCCGCGAUUCUAUCGCCCUGCGCAAGCAGAACAAGCGGCUUAUGAGGAAGCUCGGGGAAGCCCUCGAGAACAACCGCCAGCUCACGGCCGUCAUUAAGUCGUUUGAAGCGAUGAUCGCCCGUUCCUUCGGGACACCCGGCCCCCCUCCGGCGCCAACCGCGCCAACGGCACCAACCGAGGUGAUGGACAUCACCGUCAACACCGAACAGGCACCACCGGCGCCACUCGCCUUACCAUCCCGGUCCCACCCCGAGGUCUACCCUACACUCGACGAGGCGAAAAAGCGACAGCCCGCCAACGCAACUAAGCAGCCACCACCAAAACAACCGCAGCCUCAACAACCGAAACCAGCUGCUGCAGCCCCAGCUAAAAAGGAGGUUUAUUGAAGUACGAAUUCGACGCAAUAAGUAGGCAUUUUGGACGACUAAACUACUUUUGACUUAUGUAAGAAAGGUUUCAUCCAAGCGCUAAAGCCUAUGAAAGGGACGAACCAGAUCCGCGCUGCAAUAGUAAAUACAGGUCCAUGUGAAGUAUAAAAUCCGAAGAUAGUGAUUAAUGUAUGUAUCGAAGAAAUCCGUUGAAUAAAAAAAAUUGCUUUAUAACUACAGGGAAA